AUGCCAUCAGAUCUUUCCAACUAUCUAGCUUCAAAAUAUCUAGUUGCUGAUCCAAAGCCAUCAUCAAAGAAGCGAAAGCGCAAGCAGGCAAAUGCAGCUUCAGGCCUGCUAAUCACCGACGACGACGACACAGCCUGGAACAAUGGCUCCGCGCAGGACGAUGCAGACGAAGACGGCCCAUUGACAGUCACUGGGACAACAGCCGAAUUCAGAAAAGCGAAGAAAAGCAGUUGGAAAACAGUAGGGAAUGGUGGAAGUGGCCAGGAGAAAGAUGACAGCGCCGCGGCUGCAGAUGCCAUCAUCGCGUCGGCCGCAGCAGAGAAUGAUGCAGCGAGAGCCGCCGACGACGAGAUGCCCAUUGUCGAAGACAGCCAAGGCGUGGCGAAGAUGAGCGAUGGAACACAUGCCGGCUUACAGAGUGCCGCGGCGGUCUCAGCGCAAUUGAGACGACGGCAGCAAGAGGAGCGAGAAGACUUUGAGCGGCACCGGAAAACUGCAAAAGAAGAAGAGACGGUUUACCGCGAUGCCACCGGACGAAGAAUUGAUAUUUCUAUGAAGAGAGCAGAGGCAAGGCGCGCAGCGGCCGAGGCUGAGGAAAAGGAGAGGCUUGCCAUUGAAUCCUUAAAGGGCGAUGUUCAGCAGGAGAAUGCGAGACGGCGAAAAGAGGAGCUGGAAGAUGCCAAACUCAUGAACUUUGCCCGAAAGGCUGACGACGAAGAUAUGAAUAGAGAGCUCAAAGAACAAUCAAGAUGGAACGAUCCCAUGACACAGUUCAUGGCGGAGAAAGAAACAAGUCGUGGAGGCAAAAAGUCAAAGCGCCGGCCAGUCUAUUCAGGGACUGCAGCUCCCAAUCGAUAUGGCAUCAAGCCGGGAUACCGAUGGGAUGGCGUGGACAGAGGCAAUGGGCUUGAAGCAGAACGGUUCAAGGCAGCAAAUCGCCGUGAACGGAACAAGGGAUUGGAUUACGCUUGGCAGAUGGAUGAAUAG